GUAGGCCUGCUAUACAUUUUAUUAUGGUAUUAUUGUGCCUUCAACACAGUAGGUGGCGACCAUUUUUAUUUGGUCGAUUUCACAGGGCACCGUAGAAAAAUAAUAUACCGGAAAGGGGUUUUAUUUGCGUGGAUCGUUUCCGCAGAAAUUUCAGUGCCGAACUGCCGGUGAACUGAAUUUAACAGAAUAAAUGAAUUAAAGUAUUUCGUUCUGCCGAUAAAGGAACCGUAGUUCUCGUUCCAGUGUAUCCAGGAUUUUGGUUUAAACAGUGGUUUGGGGAUCAACACUGCGUUACGAAAUUAUCCAAACGAAACGCUUGCUAGCCAUGUUUUCAAAAGCCGCUGCAGGUAACUAAACUAGCUAAUGUUAGCUAGGUUAACGCGUUGCGACAGAUGGACCAUAGCUUGCUAACUCGCUAGCUGGUUUUCAUUUUAACUUGUCCUCACCAUCGUGUUUUACUUAGACCUAUUCGUUACAUUCCACGUCUCUACAGUAACAUUAGGACAUGCUGUGUCAAUAGGCUUUUGUGUAGCUAGUUUGCAUAGCUUUAACUUUUAAACCCAACUAGCCAACGUUAGCGUCUAGCCCACGAUAUUUUCAACACGUAACGUUAGCUAGUUAGCCCUCUGCGGAAGCCUACCAUCAAAUCAAGCUUUCCCCCAGUUUGGUUUUUUAUUAACUUGAGAAACUAGUUCUCUGGAAUACGAUGGCUUCUUCGUCGGGAAACGAUGACGACCUCACCAUUCCCAGGGCAGCCAUCAACAAAAUGAUCAAGGAAACUCUGCCCAACGUACGGGUUGCCAAUGAUGCAAGAGAGCUUGUUGUGAACUGCUGCACAGAGUUCAUACAUCUAAUCUCAUCAGAGGCGAAUGAAAUAUGUAACAAAUCUGAAAAGAAGACCAUAUCACCUGAACAUGUAAUUAAUGCACUUGAAAGCCUGGGUUUUGCGUCGUACAUCACAGAGGUGAAGGAUGUCCUGCAGGAGUGUAAAACAGUAGCACUUAAAAGGAGGAAGGCCAACUCUCGCCUGGAAAACCUGGGCAUCCCAGAGGAAGAGCUCCUCAGACAACAGCAGGAACUAUUUGCUAAGGCACGGCAGCAGCAGGCCGAGCUGGCCCAGCAGGAGUGGCUCCAGAUGCAGCAAGCUGCCCAGCAGGCCCAGUUGGCUGCAGCAUCUGCCAGUGCUGGACAGCAGGCUGGCUCAUCCCAGGAUGAGGAUGAUGAGGAUGACAUGUGAUUAUGAAGCUGAUCCCUGGGUCUGGGCUGCAAUAUGCAAAACAUUUGGAACAGAUACUAAAAACAAUAAUCUCUUAUUGGAUGACUACAGAUAGUAGGCUGCCACCUGUUUCUGGCUGUUUUCAUCCGUUUCGUGCCUGCUGAAUACGAACCAGGCCAUAUUCCUUGUCUUUGGACAGUGUCGACAAGCAGCCCUCUCUUUCUCUCUCCGAACACUCUAAUUGGCAGUGAUCUGAGCUGUGUUCGGACAUAAUGCACAUAACCCCACCAGUCCAGUAUCAGGAGUUCAUAUUAUGGACAGUUUCAAGGUACGGGGAUAUGGGGAAUUUUAUUAUAUGUUUUUAUUGUCAAAUACUAGGUAGACAUUUUUUCUUUUUUGACAGCAGUACCUGAAAACACAUUUGGAUAAAGAUACAUUUAAGCUUUCCUCCACUUAAAUUAACAAGCAGGAGAACAGCUCCUCACUUGUCUUACCAAAGGUGGGCGGUGCUUAUUCCUCCUACUGGCAUGUCCUUUUUGGGAAAUAAUUUUUACAGAACAUGUUCCUUACCCCCCUCUUUGUUUAACAUGACUGAUAUGUCCCCAAUAGCACCACCUCCCAUAUAAACUGGCUCUGAUCAAUCAUUUGGGAUACACCCAACAUAUUUCUGAAACACUUAGAAGGGUUGUGAAUAUGUUUUGAUUUGUAAAAUAGGAUUCAAAUGCUUUUUGUUUUAUUUUAGCUCGGCCAUACAGUGCCUUCGGAAACAAUUCAGACACCUUGACUUUUCCCACAUUUUGUUACAUUAGUCUUAUUCUAAAAAUUAUUAAAUCAUUUUCCCCCAUCAAUCUACACACAAUGCCCCAUAAUGACAAAGCAAAAACUUUGCACCUGAGCUCAAUUGAGUCUCGUAGCAAAGGGUCUGAAUACUUGUGAAAAUAAGGUAUUUCUGUUUAUUUAUUUUCUAAAAUCCUGUUUUCGCUUUGUCAUUAUGGGGUAUUGUGUUUAGGUUGCUGAGGAAAAACAUUUGAUUUAAUCAAUUUUAGAAUAAAGCUGUAAUGUAACAAAAUGUGAAAGUCAAGGGGUCUGAAUACUUUCUGAAGGCAUUGUACAUGGUGUAAGUAGGUUGAUUCUUUUUUUAGGAUGUUCACCUACAGUAUUGCUAACUGUUUAGCUACUCCUUUCAGAAUCUUUUUUGACUGACUCAUAUAACCAAAGAUAUAGGUUGUGUCCUAAAUGGCACCCUAUUCCCUAUAUUGUGCAAUACCUUUGACAAGAAAACAAUUGGCCCUGGUCAAAAGUAGAGCACUACAUAGGGAAUAGGGUGCAAUUUGGGUCACAACCACAGGAGAGCUUAACAACCCAAGUAUAUGAGCCUAAAGUGUAUGUUCCAUGUGUAGUAUAAAGAGACGUGGGUAGAGUGUGCACUCAAGUUACUGUUCUCAAUGACUGAUAACGUUCACCUUGAAAAAAUGCUUUGAUUUCUUCUUGGAUUUUUAUAAUGUGCAUCCCAAAUGGUACCCUAUUACCUUUUAUGCUGCACUACUUUGGCUCUUGUCAAUAGUAGUGCACUAUUUCAGGAAUGGGGUGCACAUUUGUUUUUCUGUGGUGCAGUAUAUUAAAGUUGCAUUAUGAAUGUGUGGUGAAUUCUAUAAAGAUUGGUAACCUGUCAUUGUGUUACCCAUUUCACAUGCCUUUUAUAAAGUUGUAUUCUUUAAGCAAUAAAGUUAACAUAUUUUAUAGUGA